AUGGCUGGGUCCAAUUUCACUGAAGUGCCUUUCUUCAUCCUCUCUGGAUUCGCAAACCAAUCUGAACUACAAGUCAGUCUUUUUUUGGUGUUUCUAUUCAUUUAUCUAUUCACUGUCCUGGGGAACCUUGGACUAAUCAUAUUAAUCAGAAUUGAUUCCAAGCUUCAUACACCUAUGUACUUUUUCCUGAGCAAUUUGGCAUUCAUUGACAUAUUUUAUUCCUCCACUGUUACACCCAAGGCUCUGGUCAAUUUUCAGUCAAGCCAGAAAACUAUCUCCUUUGUUGGGUGCUUUGUCCAAAUGUACUUUUUUGCAGGUCUCGUGUGUAGUGAGUGCUUUCUUUUAGGUUCCAUGGCCUAUGACCGCUAUGUAGCAAUUUGCAAUCCCUUACUCUAUUCGGUGGUUAUGUCCCAGAAAUUGUGCAAUUGGCUAGGAAUCAUACCUUACAUGAUUGGCUUCACAAAUUCUCUGGUAUCCAUUUGUGUGAUAAGCAGUUUGGCAUUCUGUGAUUCUAGCAUCAAUCAUUUUUUCUGUGAUACCACAGCCCUUUUGGCCCUGUCCUGUGUAGAUGCAUUCAACACAGAAAUGGUGAUCUUUGUUUUAGCUGGAUUCACCAUUCUUAGUUCUCUUCUGAUCAUCACAGUCACUUACAUUGCCAUCAUCUCAGCCAUUCUGAAGAUCCAGUCUGCAGAAGGCAGGCAGAAAGCCUUCUCAACUUGUGCAUCCCAUCUUAUGGGUGUAACCAUCUUCUAUGGGUCCUUGAUUUUUACAUAUUUGCAGCCUGAUAAUACAUCCUCCCUGACCCAGGCCCAGGUGGCAUCUGUAUUCUAUACCAUUGUCAUUCCUAUGCUGAAUCCACUGAUUUAUAGUCUGAGGAAUAAAGAUGUGAAGAAUGCUCUUUUGAGAGUCAUACAUAAAAAACUACUACCAUGA